AGUCCAGGCUCUGUUCCUGAGGCACGAAGGCUACCUGGGGGCCAUCGGAGCAUUCCUGAAAGGAGCCGAGCAAGACAGCUGACGGAGGUGACCUGGUCUCACUCUUCCAGAUCCCAACCAGUAUAGCUGGGGAGAAAACUACGCGGGCAGCUCCGGCCUGAUGAGCCCGGCCCCCGAGCUCUGCCCGGUGCAGAGGGCAAGGAGCGGCACGUUUGACUUGCUGGAGAUGGACCGGCUGGAGCGGCCGCUGGUGAACCUGCCCCUCCUCCUGGACCCCACCUCCUACGUCCCCGACACCGUGGACCUGACUGACGACGCCCUGGCCCGCAAGUACUGGCUGACGUGCUUCGAGGAGGCGCUCGACGGGGUCGUGAAGCGCGCCGUGGCCAGCCAGCCGGAUGCGGCCGACGCCGCCGAGCGAGCAGAGAAGUUCCGCCAGAAGUACUGGAGCAAGCUGCAGAUGCUGAGGCAGCAGCCCUUCGCCUACGGGACCCUGACGGUGCGCAGCCUGCUGGACACCCGGGAGCACUGCCUCAACGAGUUCAGCUUCCCGGACCCCUACUCCAAAGUCAAGCAGAAGGAGAACGGCGCGGCGCUGAAGUGUUUCCAGAGCGUUGUCCGCUCCCUGGACUCACUGCGCUGGGAGGACAGGCAGCUGGCCCUGGUGAAAGGGCUCCUAGCGGGCAAUGUCUUCGACUGGGGGGCGAAAGCCGUCUCCGACGUUCUAGAAUCGGAUCCCCAGUUUGGAUUUGAGGAAGCUAAGGGGAAAUUACAAGAGCACCCCUGGCUCGUGGACUCCUACAACGAGUGGCUUCAGAGGCUGAAGGGGCCCCCUCAUAAAUGUGCCUUAAUUUUCGCAGAUAACAGUGGAAUAGACGUCAUUUUGGGAGUCUUCCCCUUUGUCAGGGAGCUACUCUUUAGAGGGACUGAGGUGAUCCUGGCGUGCAACUCGGGCCCCGCCCUGAAUGACGUGACCCACAGCGAGUCCCUCAUCGUGGCAGAGCGCAUCGCGGCCAUGGACCCCCUCGUCCACUCUGCGCUCCGAGAAGGGCGUCUGCUGCUGGUGCAGACAGGCUCCAGCUCCCCAUGCCUGGACCUCAGCCGCCUGGACCAGGGGCUGGCCGAGCUGGUGCGGGAGCGCGGCGCUGACCUGGUGGUCAUCGAGGGCAUGGGCCGCGCCGUCCACACCAACUACCACGUCGCGCUGCGCUGCGAGAGCCUCAAGCUGGCCGUCGUCAAGAACCCCUGGCUGGCCGACCGGCUCGGCGGCCGCCUCUUCAGCCUCAUCUCCAAGUACGAGGUCCCGGCCGAGUGACGGCGCCGGCCACCCCAGGCCCCAGGGACAGCUGCUCGGCCCCCCGAGCCCGGGUCUCCGUCGUUCCGUCGUGCUCCUGCGCCCCCGGGUGCCCGCGUCGCCCUCAGAAGCAGAGGCCCCUGCUUGCCGGCCGCCAUGCUGUGGGGACGCGGCCCUCACCCCGCACAGCGCUCGUGUUGGCGUGUGCCUGGCUGCUGAAUGGCCUUUUAUAUAUAUAUAUAUAUAUAUAUAUAUAAAUACGUGCGUUUAUGUCCUCAACAGAGGACACCUGCAGCUCGGGGUUCAACACCAAAUAGAGUUUUUUCGGAGGGUAGCACCA